GAUGUUUAAAUUGUGGACGAGAUUGAAACAUCUUCUACACUUUUUAUACGAUUGGAGUUGAGCUUGUACUGGGAAUUCUGCAAGGAACAUUUGGUCAUUGCAGGAUGAGAUUGACGUAUUGAAAGCCGAACAUCCUGUGGACUGGGAGUACAUUGGUAGACUUGAGGCUGAGCUAUCGAGAUAGUGGGCAGCAAAAGAAGUAUACUGGCGGCAAAAAUUGAGCGUCCGAUGGAUGCGAGAAGUGGAUAGUAAUACGUAUUAUUUUCAUACUGUGACGAGUGUGCAGAAUAGGCGAAAUUAUAAUAUCGUGGGGCUCUGGGAUUUGAGGGAUGAGUGGAUUACAUAUGAAGCAGCUUCUGUGGUGGGAUUUUAUGAGUCUAUGUUUCUGUUAGAAUGUUAGAUUCCUGAUGCGAGGGAUCAAGUGAUGGCCUUGCCGAUUGCUUCUAAAGUUUUGGUGCAUGAUAAUUUGGAUUUAACAUCCCCAAUUUCGGCAUAGUAGAUUAGGAGAGUGGUGUUUCAAUUGGGCCAACGCAUGCGCCUGGAUCGGAUGGGUUUACUGGUAAGUGUUUUAGAACUUAGAACUAUUAUGUAAUGAAUGAAUAUGUUAGGAUUUUGAAUGAAUGUGUUUGUCUAAUUGAUUGGGAUAACAUAAACUUCAUCCUCUUCAAUGCUCUUGACCUUAAUCCCUAAAUGCCAUGUCUCGUUUGAGGUUUGAAGUCUAUGAGAAUAAUUUAAUUUUAUAAAAUUAUAGAUAAUAUUUAUUUUCAAUAAAAAUUUUAAUGAUGUUAGAGACAUCGUUAGCUAUCAUAAGUUCAUAAUGACAUGCUAAUGUAGACCUCAUAUCAAUUUCACAUAUGCACGUCAUGUCAUUUGUCAGCGACAAUGAAGUCGUCGGAAGUGAUUUUGACAGUCCGUCCACGAGGGAGAGCAAGGAAGACGACGAGGUGCUUUUGAGUCUCAUUUUUCUCUUUCCUGUUUCUGUGGAAAAGCAAAUGAUUGUCAAUGGAAUUACGGGGAAAAAAGAAAACCCUAGGAGGAAUAAAACUAAUGGAACUUUCAACCACAUAAACAAGAUUUAACGGAACUGCUUUUGCCAUCCAAUUGGGUGGCUAGCCAGUUUGGACCGGUUUCAUGAUUACUAGGCUUGGAUAAGAUGUAAUACAUUCAACUAGUGCCACGUCACCAUCUAUGUGGACCAAUCAAAUACAACAACACCGAUGUCACACUUUUAACAAUGGCAUUGUAGUUUCGUCAGGGAUUCCGACCCCCAAUGCUGGGCUUACCAGUUCCUGCAACAAAGCCCAGCCCAUUAUCAUCUAAAUCUCCCUUCUGCACUGGAGCCCGGAAGUAGUUCGGCCCAGCCCAUUGAAAUUUAAACCCGGACCGGCGGACCCGCAUCCAACCUCCGCCUUGAGCCUUCCCUAACGAAUUACCCCGCCUUCCAGAAUUAUCUGGUGCUUGCUUCCAUCUUUCUCACAGUCACCGUCUUUUUUAGAACUCUCUGCACCAAUCUCGAUUUCUCUACCUCCUUCCACCAACCUCUCAACUCUUCCAUCACUCCCUUUUAUAAUUCUGCUCCAAUGGCCGUCCUGCUAUCUCAACUCAGAACUCAAUAUCAACGCUAUACUCAAAAGUCAAAACCCUACAUUGCAUUAUCCUUCCAAAUUCCAAUUUCUCAAAUCACUCCCUCCAAGCUAAUCAGAGCAACCAAAUUUCCUUCAAUCCGACGAAGAGUCUGCAAUGGCGCCCAAAACUGAAGGCAAGGCUAUCGGCAUUGACCUUGGCACCACCUACAGCUGUGUUGGGGUCUGGCAGAACGACAGGGUGGAGAUAAUCGCCAACGAUCAGGGCAAUCGCACCACUCCUUCGUAUGUUGCCUUCACCGACACAGAGCGACUCAUCGGCGAUGCGGCCAAGAACCAGGUCGCCAUGAACCCUCACAACACCGUCUUCGACGCUAAGCGCCUCAUUGGCCGGAAAUUCUCCGACCCUUCCGUACAGGCAGACAUGAAGCACUGGCCGUUCAAGGUCAUCGCGGGCCCCGGUGACAAGCCGAUGAUCAUUGUCCAGCACAAAGGCGAAGAGAAGCAGUUUGCUCCGGAAGAGAUUUCGUCCAUGGUGCUGGUUAAAAUGAGGGAAAUUGCGGAGGCCUUUUUAGGUCAGACCAUCAAGAACGCAGUUGUCACCGUCCCGGCCUACUUCAACGACUCGCAGAGGCAGGCGACCAAGGAUGCUGGCUCAAUCGCCGGUCUGAACGUUCUCCGAAUCAUCAACGAGCCGACCGCCGCCGCAAUUGCUUAUGGUUUGGACAAGAAGGGUUCGAGGAGCGGCGAGAAGAAUGUUCUCAUCUUCGAUCUCGGCGGAGGAACUUUUGAUGUCUCUCUGCUGACGAUCGAGGAAGGGAUCUUCGAAGUGAAGGCCACCGCCGGAGACACGCAUCUGGGAGGUGAGGACUUCGACAAUCGGCUGGUGAAUCACUUCGUGGCGGAGUUCAAGCGGAAGAAUAAGAAGGACAUCAGCAGCAACGCCAGAGCUCUGAGGCGGCUGCGAACUGCCUGCGAGAGGGCGAAGAGGACUCUGUCUUCCACCUCUCAAACCACCAUCGAAAUUGACUCCCUCUACGAAGGUAUCGACUUCUACUCCACCAUUACUAGAGCUAGGUUUGAAGAAUUGAACAUGGAUUUGUUUAGGAGGUGUAUGGAGCCCGUGGAGAAGUGCCUCCGCGAUGCCAAAAUCGACAAGGGGCAGAUAAACGAUGUGGUUCUGGUUGGAGGGUCGACGAGGAUUCCCAAAGUCCAGCAGCUGCUCCAGGAUUUCUUCAACGGGAAGGAGCUCUGCAAGAGUAUUAAUCCUGAUGAGGCCGUAGCUUAUGGAGCAGCUGUUCAGGCGGCGAUCCUGACUGGGGAAGGAGACGAGAAGGUUCAGGAUUUGCUUCUCUUGGAUGUUACCCCUCUCAGCUUGGGCCUCGAGACCGCCGGCGGCGUGAUGACUGUUUUGAUUCCAAGGAACACGACGAUCCCGGCCAAAAAGGAGCAAGUUUUCUCGACCUACUCGGACAACCAGCCUGGGGUUUUGAUUCAGGUGUACGAAGGGGAAAGGGCGAGAACGAAAGAUAACAAUCUAUUGGGCACUUUCGAGCUCAAAGGGAUUCCUCCCGCACCCAGGGGAGUUCCGCAGAUCAAUGUGUGUUUCGACAUUGAUGCCAACGGUAUCCUGAACGUGUCGGCGGAGGACAAGACAGCCGGAGUGAAGAACAAGAUCACGAUCACGAACGACAAGGGGAGGUUGAGCAAGGACGAGAUUGAGAGGAUGGUGCAGGAGGCAGAGAAGUACAAGGCGGAGGACGAGGAAGUGAAGAAGAAAGUUGAUGCUAAGAAUGCUCUAGAGAACUACGCUUAUAACAUGAGGAACACAGUGAAGGACGAGAAGUUUGCAGGGAAGCUGGAUCCGGCAGACAAGCAGAACAUUGAGAAGGCCAUUGACGAUGCGAUUCAGUGGCUGGAGGGGAACCAGUUGGCCGAGGUGGAAGAGUUGGAGGACAAGCUGAAGGAGUUGGAAGGACUCUGCAAUCCGAUCAUUUCCAAGAUGUAUGGAGCCGGAGCCGGAGCCGGUGGUGAUGUGCCGAUGGGUGGCGGAAUGGGCGGUGGUUCUGGCGGGUCUGGUGCAGCAGGUGCUGGUCCUAAGAUUGAGGAGGUUGACUAAAUGGAUGAGAUUAUAAUCGAUGGCGAUGUCCAUUGUCCUGUUGUCUUCGGCUGUGUUCAUUAGUGUGUUGUGUUUUUGGCCAUCCUGUGGGGAAGCUUGAAGUUGAAACUAAGGAGUGGUUUAUUUGGAUUGUUGUGAAUGUUGCGAGAAAGAGUCCUUCUGUUGGUUAAGGAUAUUUGUAAGAGCUAUUCUGAUUGUAUGCAAUAAAAUUAGUUUUCUUUCAGUUCUAUUUUGCUGCAUGCACUGAACCUUCUUCGGCUGGCAAGAGUCCAACUGAAGCAGGGGUAAAUCAAUGGACUGCAGACACCCACCAUUCCUCUCCCUUGGAAAAAGAACACUAACUUGGAACACCGCAAUAAUGUACUGUAGUUGAU